AUGAAUAAUAAGUCCCUGGAGUCGGACAGCCUUCGACCCAUCAGACACCUCUACGGCGAAUGCACAAGCAUCACGCGGACCGACGAUGAAGGCUGGGACUUGCUCCUAGAGCUGAUGUUCGACGUGUCGCUAGAGGGAUUCCCGCUGACUCCGCCUGUUCGAAGCAGUAAGUCUGUCUGGGAGGUGGCUGCCAAAGUGCUGCGAAAGACCGGAGCCAACGCUCUUUUUGCCGUUGGUGUUGCAGCUCACCCGGUGAAGGAUGUUGGUCGAGAUUUCCUGUCAGUGGAGCUUCCAGAAAUCUUGACAGGCCGCGACAAUGUUGACAUUAACGACGCGGUUCGCCUGUAUACGGAAGCAAUGUUCUGUGCGCUUAAAGUUCUAAAGAAGGAAUACCUGCCACCCAUGCAUGCCCUCAGCGUAGUGAAGUUUGCGAGCGACUUAGAGAAGCUUGUUCAUCAGGCCGCUCGGACAGGAGGUAGAAGACCUCUUUUGGAAGCCUUAAACACAUCGUUGGAGCUUCAGGAUUUUUUUGUCGAGCUCCUUCGAGGAGUUGAAAACGUUCAUUUUAGUGGUCCGGGAUCUGAGGUGGUCUUACAGUUUCCUUUCUUGGUAAAAGACAUACUCAGUCUUGUCCAGGAGACGGAAGCCCACACAGUCAUGAACUAUCUCGGUAUUCGGCUGAUAGCCGAGACAUCGCCCUUCCUGCCUCACACUGAAAUAGUCGACUUCAAGAGCACUCUGCUUUACGGCAAGCGUCAACGUGACAUGCUCCGCUGGCAGCUGUGUGUCCGCACGGCAGAGAAGGCGCUGUCCCCUCUGGUUCUCGUUUCUGUGCUCGAAGAAUUCAAGGUGAUUGCAUCUCCCGCAUUACUCUCAAGUGUUACUCUGGAACUGUUCCAAGGAAUCCUGCAUGAAAUAAAUACAUCAUCAUACUUCGAUGCCGACUCAGAACAAGCCGCUCGAGGUUUUCUGUCCACGACUAAUCUCCGUAUCCUCCGUCCGGACUGGAUCAACGACGCUGCCCUUCUGAAACAUUACAUUCUUGGUCUUCCUCCUACGGCCAACCGAAGCGGCCUUCAGUACUUUGUGGAAAGCCAGGAGCACACUUUGUUGGCGUCGCUUGUCCGCAGUUCGUCGCAGCGCUGGGCACGUUCUGUGUUCACCACAAACUGCUGGACCGAGCUCACACCACCGACAAUUUAUGUUCCACUGCUCACUUUCAAUAUCACCCAUGGCUACGGUGGAAGUGUUGACGAAGAGCAGUUGUUCUCACGCGCCGGCCCCCGCCUUACGGAAUGCAUCCUCGAUUUGAUAUUUGAUCACGCCGCAGCCACGACAAACAACAGUCAGCCCUGGCUGUCCAAGCAAAGCAAAGCGCGGUUGCUCAGCGCCGAGAUGUGUAUAAUAGGCGACUAUGCUGGGCAGCCGAUGCCUCAAUAUAGGAGAAUGCGUGACUUUCUGGCAGUCCACUUCGCCUACGCCCUUUUUCGCAAGCGAACCAGGGGCAAAGCUGAGACGUUGCGCAUCGGCGGCGACAAGGUCCUCUCCAAGCAUCAGCUAUUCUUUGUCAACAUCAUGUUGGAGGCGUGUGAAAUGAAAGCGCAAUUAGGCAGAACACGCUCGAAAGCCGGACAAGACUGGAUCACGGCCCUUCGUAAUGCCAACGACUUCGCUGAUGCGUACGGUUGUCGCCUGGGAUCUCCAAUGAACGCUAAGAAUAAGUGCGUGCUGUAA